GCAAAACUAAAGUACAAACCAAAAAAACGCAGCAGUAAAUGAGAAAACACAACAGCGAAACCCAAAACAUAUCAACAUUACCUAAGGCUCAAAGAUUAAUCGAUUUUGAAUCGAAAUCGCAAUUUCUAAAAGUGCGGUUCAUACACCGCAUUAGGUGCGAUUCAAGAUGCAAUUCACCCGAUAAGUGUGCAACCCCUUACAUAACAAAACACGAAAGUAGGCUGGCAAUGUAAAGUCUAGCUUGACUCCACAAACAUUUUACGUAGCCUAGCUGACUUAUGAGAGGAUGAGUUGCUGCCAUCAUGUGAAGUAAACAAGUGCUAAUUAGCAGCAAAGAUGGCGGAGGCUAACAGUAGUGAGCCUGGUCCGACAAGCGAAUGGGAAUGAAGUAAAGACGACCUUGCAACCAAACGAAACUGCACAUCAAAUGUCUGGAACUGUUUUGGCUUCAGGAAGACAGACACCCUUCAUCAGCAGCUGAUUUACAAAAUGUGCCGAAAAACAGUGCAAACCUCUUGUAGUAACACCACAAACUUAUACGAGCAUCUCAGACGGUACCACAAAUCGCAAGAUGGUGAAUGUUUAGCUAAUUGGAAUAAUAAAAAAAAAAAUUGCAUGUUAAAUAAAAUAAAAUAAAAUAAAAUCGCAUUUAGAUUUUUUUCCCCUAAAUCAUGUAACCCUAGCAUUACCUGAAAAAAGAGAAGGUCCUUAUUGAACAUCACAUGCUGAUUGAAUUGUACUUUUUCAGUCUGAACUCUAAUUAGCCUAGUAAAUAUGAUUUUUCUGCAAAGUUGCUUAUGUUGUUAUAGCGAGAAAUAAUCCUUCUACUGAAUAACCCAGCUUCCUUUAUGCAGGUUUUAAUGCUGUGCAACAUUGAGCAUAGCAUCUCUAAAAUAACAUCAUAUGAAUGUCCUUGAUUAUUUAUAAAUAAAUAAGCAUGAAGCCAUCAGUAGAUUGAUUUGGGCUCAUAAUUCCUCUUACUGAAAAACAUCCUCCGGUUGUCCAUUUGCUGUCGACUGUCAGACUGACAUGCUCUGCAGCCAAUCAGCAGCGGGCAAGUGAUGUUCAAUAAGGACCUCCUCUUUCCCUUAUGAGUUAACAUUAAUGUUGAUGUGGAUUUAGUUUUGCUGUUAUUUUCACAUUUGGUGAUGUUUUUGGUUUUGCUGUACGAUUUUCAAAUUCGUUCUUUUUUUUCCCCCUUCUCUCCCAAAGUUGUUUUGUUUGUUUUUUGGUUUUGCUGUUUUGCUUUUGCAGUUGUGGUUUUGCCAGUGUGGUUUUGAUUUUGCUCCUGCGGUUUUGGUUUUCCUCUUAUAUUCUUUUUUGCUGUUGCAUUUUUGGGUUGUUAAAGUGUUUUCGCACUUACAUGCCACCGUGGUAAACUGCUCAUUCUUGCAGAGUCAGGCUUGUGAUGGUGAGGUGUGAUCCUUUUUAUUGUAUGAGUGCUUGGGAUGACAGACAGUUACCACAAGAUGACGCAGCCUCAACACCAGUGGAGAUAGAGUUGGUGUUAACAAAAAGCAUGACGAAUAAGCCAAUGGCAGGUUCACGAGAAGUCAUCAGCUGGAACAGAAGAGAUGUGCAAAGGAGGCCGUUUACUGCAGGUGCAAAAAUAAACUUAUCUGAAACCAGGUAUAUAACCUUGACCAAGGAGGGGUUUGUGCGUCUGAUGUUCCGCUGUCUGGAGUGCUCCAGUGAGUGCCGGAUCCGAGGGAAAGGCAGAGGUGGGAAUCUCACUUUCAGACAAGAGUGCCUGAUCUGCUGUAACUACAGAGUGUGGACCUCUGAGGCAGCUGGUAUACCAAACAAGAAGGUAACUGAUGAGUGUUCGCCAUGUGGCGAUGCUUGUGGGCCGUCAUUUGAUAGCAUACCUGUGACUGUUGACCAGGAACACGUGUCUGAUGAGUCUCCAAAGCUGACAUAUGAGGACAAUGCUCAGGCUGCUGAGGAUUCCAUCUCAGGGAGAGAGGAGCAUGACGAGAAUGUGAGGGAGGAGGAGCUGAGUCUCCUGAUGGAAACACAUGAGGACAGUGAUGAGGAAGAGGGUUCAAACCUUGCACUGAUAAGCGAUGACACCGCUAACCAAACUUACCCUGAGUCUUCUGACACGCUGACGGCUGACGAGGAACUGUUUAUUGAUGAGUACAGUGGUGAAGAGCUUGCUGAAAAAGAAAGUGACAAAUCCUCUCAAAACAGACAGGAAGAGGAUUUUGACGUGUACCUCCUGAGCUCCUCAGACGAAGCCAAUGUGAGUGUAGACGAGGACAUAUUUACUGAUGAGGACAGAAGUGAAGAGCUUGCUGAGAAAGCGAGCGACAAGUCCUCUAAAAAGGGACAGCAAGACGAUUCGGAUGAGUACCUGCCGAGCUCCUCGGACGAGGCCUUGGAGAGCUGUGAUGAAGAAACUUCUGACGAGGAGUAUACCAAGAAACCAUUUCAGAACACUAUUAAACCAGUAAUUUGGUGCAUAGACUGUGAAGCUCUAGCUAAAAUGUUAUGUUCAAUUCAGCGGCACAAGAAGAACUAUUGCUGUGCCGAGUGCAUCUCUGGCGAUAGUGUCGAGAACCUCAGUUUAAAGGACUUCUCCGUUCGUUUUAAUGAUGUCCGGAGUUUUCAUCUGCAUGCCAUGGCUGAGCAUAGUGGCACGGAAAACCUUUACGAGCGCAAGAUCUGUCAGGACUGUAAUAAAACAAUCAGGGUGGAGACGGACCCCAACAAGAAGAGCCAUGUGUGCGAGUACAAGAUUAAACCAUUUUCCUGUAAUGUGUGCCACAAGCACUUCUUCACAGAAAUUGGACAAAAAGUGCACUACCGUCGCUUGCACGGAGACUACCAACACGCCUGCAAGUACUGCAUGAUGGCGUUUGAUACAAAACAGUCCAAGCUAGAGCAUGAGCAGAGUCACAAAACAGACACGCUGCCCUAUAUGUGCCCGGACUGUCCAGAAAAGUUUAAAGAUUUUGUUACACGCAAUGAGCAUUUAAAGACCCACCGAGGUAAAAAGAAAUACAUCUGCAGCACAUGCAAUAGGAAAUUUACCGCGCUUCACAGAUAUGAGAGACACUUGCGCAUACACUCAGGGGAGAAACCUUACAAGUGUGAGGUGUGUGACCGUUCCUUCAACCAGGACGGACACUUGAAGUCCCACAUGCGUCUCCACACAGGGGAGAAACCCUUCUUGUGUGAGCAUUGUGGAGAAUCGUUUAAUCACAACAUCAGCCUGAAGAACCACCGGCAGAGACAACAUGGCAUCAACUCUAGCUGUGUGCCAGCAGAGGAGAGCAAACAGAUCGGUAGACCCAUAAGGAACAAAGAUCAGCUUAGAAGGCAAAGAAAAAUGCACUCUACUGCUGAUGCUGAGAUGGAGAGUUGCGAGUCCGACUUUGAUGAAGAACAGCAGAAAAGAUGUCGGAAGAGGAAAGCCAGAAGGAAGAAACGAGGAAAAAUUAAUGUACAAGCAGACAUUUGAGCUCUGUAUAAGAGAGAAAUGUACUUUUACACGUGCGUGAUCUGUUCAUUGAGAUGAGAUGCAAGAAAUCAAAUGGUGUCAGAGACCACAUGAUUUUAUUUUUGCAUAUACACUCAAGCAGAAACCACCAGAAUUACUGAAAAGUAAAGCAGUUACUAGCUAGGAGUUUGCUUACACAGUGUUUCCCCUACAGGUCAGUGUUCACUUUAAUAUGUACUGUUAUGUACUGUUUGAAAUCAAAUUAUAGUUGUUAUGUGCUGUUUAAAAUCAAAUUAUAGUUGUUAUGUACUGUUUAAAAUCAAGUUAUAGUUGAGAAUUGUUCUUCAGUCUUACCAAAAGUGCCUUACAUUCCUACCAUGAAAUUCUUACAAGACUGAUAAACAGCAUUAAAAGUAAAGUAUUUAUUUUCUAUUUUAGAAAACGAAGCUGGCUGCAACUACAGAAUAAUGCUGCUGUAUGUAACAAAUGUCAUACAACCAAUACGAAGUGCACAUUAUUAUAUAAGUGCAAUUUAUUAAAGAAUGCAAUGUGUGUUUAAAGGACAUGUGAAUUCAUAAGCCCAGUCAAAGGUUUGGGAGCAAAGAGAAUUAUACAAAGUGAAUCUUUGAAAUAAAAACUUAUGAAAAUGGCUGUUUCAAA